GUUCUUUUCUAGGGACGUGGGGCAGCCAACCGGCCAGGAGGAAGAGAAGAAGAGAAAAGGGCAAAGGAAAAAAAGGAUGACGGUCGGAACAGACGACACGCAGCCGCUCUUGCGAAGUGUUACAAACGAGGGGCACCAGGUCUACACAAAUCCCGUCGUUCCGCGACAGGAUGCGCGUCAACAAGAUGGCGCCGCCAACAACGCUGACACCAUCAUCGUCGACUUCGACCCCAGAGGCGAUGCCGAGAAUCCGCUGGAGUGGCCUGCGCCUUUCAAAUGGGUUGUUGUAAGCAUGCUCGCCUCCAUGGCAUUCACGGUAACAAUGACCUGCAUCAGCACCGUGCCCCUCGCCUCCGACAUCGUCCGGGACCUCUCCCGCUCGCCCAACCCCUCCAAGUCGGCCAGCGUGCUGCUCGUUACCAUCUGGGAGCUCGGCGAGGCCGCCGGUCCGCUGCUGAUCGCCCCGCUGUCCGAGAUGUUCGGCCGCUACCCGGUCAUGAACGCGGCCAACCUCAUCUUCAUCGGGGCCGGCCUCUUGGCCGCCACGGCCGGGAGCGUGCCGCAGUUUGUGUUCGCCCGCAUGCUCAACGGGCUGGCCGUGGCCGUCAACGUGCUGAACCCGGCCAUCGUGGGCGACAUGUUCGCCAGCGACGAGCGCGGCGCCGCCAUGAGCAUGCUGUUCCUGGCCCCGCUGGCCGGCGGCGCGUUCGGGCCCAUGAUCGGCAGCGCCGUCGCCGAUCGGUACGGCUGGAGGACGGUCGUCUGGAUGACGGUCUCGGUCGCGUCCGCCUGCGAGCUGCUCUUCCUCAGUUGCUUCCGCGAGACCUACAAGGUCGCCAUCCUACGGCGCCGCGCCAAGAGGCUGGCGCGCCACGCCGCCGGCUCGGGCAAGACGUUCAAGACGGUGUUUGAUCAGGGAGAUGGCGUCUCCGGGUGGAGAAAGCUGCGGGAUUCCAUGCUGCGUCCGGCCAUUGUGCUCUGCAGCAGCGGGGUCCUGAUGGCCGUGAGCUUGUUUAGCUCGGUGGUCUUUACGUUUUUCUACGUCUACAGCACUACUUUCUCGGAUAUCCUGACCGAGUUUUACGACUUGUCGCCCGUGGCAGUCGGUUCCUGCUUCACCGUUUUCUCCAUCGGCUCGGCAAUCAGCGUCGUCAUUUGCAACCGCACCCUCGACCGCAUCUAUGUCUACUUGCGGUCCACCCACAAGGGCGUCGGCAGGCCGGAAUUCCGCCUCCCGCUCGCCAUCGUCGGCGGCAUCGCUCUGCCCCUCAGCGUCGCCGCCUACGGCUGGACAGCCCAGCUGCGCUUGCCGCUACUGCUCCUGCUCUUUAGCGUGUGCGCCAUGGGUACCUCGCUCAUGCUGGGCAUGAUCCCCAUCAUGAACUACGUGGUGGAUGCCUUUGGCAUCUUCUCCGCCUCCGCCGUGACCGGCAUCAUUGUCACGAGGUGUCUUAUGAGCACCUUCUUGCCCUUGACCACGGCGCCCCUGGUGGACGCUCUCGGUUUCGGGUGGGGUUUCACGGCGCUUGCUGGGUUUAGUCUGCUUCUGGCGCCAAUUCCGGCCCUGUUGUUACGGUAUGGAGUGUAUUGGAGAAAGUUUUCCAGCUACACUCGGGAUGAAUGAUCGUUAAUGACUUGAGAGAUGACUGAGGUAUCUACCUACAUUAUGGGGCUCAGGAGUGAUGAUUGGGUUAAUCAUGAGUUAUGAAAUGGGAGAAGUCAACGGGCUGAUGUAUGGAGAAAACAAAGCACCUUACCAGAUACGCAGAGAUAUAUACUUAGUGCAUAGGCACCUUAUAUAGAUCACGAAAAGUCGCAUUCAUUUGUUUGACACC